AUGGAUUCCUUUGGGACCCCUAAAUCAGAAGAUGACCAGUCAGUAGUCAGCAGAAUGCAAAAGAAAUACUGGAAAACCAAACAGGUCCUAAUCAAAGCAACAGGAAAAAAAGAGGAUGAGCACGUAGUAGCAUCUGAUGCAGAGCUGGAUGCCAAACUAGAGGUUUUUCACUCCAUUCAAGACACAUGUACUGAACUUCUGAAGAUUAUUGAGAAAUAUCAGCAAAGACUCAAUGCUAUAUCUGAAGAAGAACAUGAGCUUGGGUUCUUUUUAAAGUUUCAAGCAGAACAGGAUAUAACUCAAGCUGGCAAAAUGAUGGAUGCCACUGGCAAGAUGCUCUGUUCUUCAGCCAACCAAAGAUUAGCCUUAUGCACUCCUCUGUCUCGUCUUGAGCAAGAAGUAGCAACUUUUAGUCAGAGGGCAGUAUCUGAUACCUUGAUGACAAUCAAUCGAAUGGAGCAGGCCCGCACAGAAUACAGAGGGGCUUUGCUGUGGAUGAAAGAUGUAUCACAAGAACUAGACCCAGACACAUCCAAACAAAUGGAAAAGUUCAGAAAAGUGCAGAUCCAAGUGAGAAAUACCAAAGCUUCUUUUGACAAGUUAAAGAUGGAUGUUUGUCAGAAAGUGGACUUACUUGGAGCUAGUCGCUGCAACUUGUUAUCCCACUCACUCACUACCUACCAGAGAACACUGCUUGGAUUCUGGGAGAAAACAGCUCGAAUGAUGUCCAGAAUCCACGAAGAAUUUACAGGCUUCCGUCCAUAUGAUUUUGUGGCGCUAAAGCGACUUAAGGAGUCUCCAAGCAAGCUUACUGAAGAACACAAAGAGGACAAAGUAGAAAAUAAUCUUACUACUAAUCUUGAAAAGCUGAUUUUGUUGGAUGAGGAAACAAGUGAAAAAGGAAGUGAAACAGCAACAGAAGGUCAUAAAGAAAACCAUUUUCAAAUGAGUGAGUUUGAAGCACCUCAGUUUUCUGGACCUGAAAAUGUUGCAAAAGAUCUUCUUGUAGAUUCCCUGGAAGGAGAGGAUUUUGAGAAGGAAUUCUCAUUUUUGAACAACCUACUGAGUCCCAGCUCCUCAAGUACUGGAGAAUUUAACCAAGAAUGCCACAAUGUCUGUGGGAGCCCCAGCACUGUUCUCCCUGCCCAGAACUCUGCUUCAGGAGCAGAGCCUCUUGCUAAGUCAUCGGGAUUUCUCCCUUCGCAACUCUUUGACCUGGGCCGCCAUGCUGCUGGAAAUUUCAGUAGCUGGACCUCUCAGGGGGAAUCAGUAUUUUCUCUUUCACACACGGAUUCUGAUAACCAGCCUGUGCCUUCACAGAGUAAACCAAAGAAAUCACCAAUAUCUCCAGAAGGUGGAAAUAAUCAAGAUAUGUCAGCCUGGUUUAACCUCUUUGCAGACCUGGAUCCCCUUUCAAAUCCAGAUGCCAUCGGACACUCAGAUGAUGAACUCCUUAAUGCUUGACUAGAAUUACUAAGUAGAUAAUUAUAUUGUCACGUCAGUGGCCUUGAGGUAUCAAAUCUUGUAACAUAUUGCCUUUGUGGAAAGGAGCUGAUUGUAAUUCAGACACAAGCAAGGUGUAUAAGAGUCAAAUAUUUGAUGUCCAGCUGUUUAGUAAAGAGUCAUGCCAAAAGCACUAAGUUGGAACAUCUUUAAUAUCUUGGUUUUGUAAUGUUUCCCAAUAAUAUGUGGCAAGCACAAUAAGCCAUUUUGGAUCAAAGAUAGAUAUUUAAGCACUAAAAUUCCCAAAGAGAAAGGUAAAGUCAUUUUCAAUGAGGGUAUAUGCUUGUUUCCAUGGAAACAACCUUUUUAGGGCCAUGUGGUGGUUUUGAUCCUUUCAUAAGCCCAGCCAUUGUCUGGUGGAGUUCUGUGGGUGGAUUAAGAGCACUAGAGCAGGCAAGUUGGUUUGGGGGUUUUAAAAAAGUAGUUUUGAGGAACAGGGGCAUUGAGUUCUAUGUUAAAAUAUUACUGGAACCAUUUGAACUUUGUUAGUUUGAAACUAGAUUAAAGACUCAAUUAACUCAGUCUGAAAGGAUUCAGUAGAAAAGUAGUGCCUAUUUUCCCCUUGGGGUCAAGUUUUCCUGUUGCUUAAGUUUUUAUUCUUUGAAAAGCAAGGGAAUCUUUAUUCUACUUAACUAAAAAUGUGGUUAAAGUAGGUUAGCCCAUCCCAGCCAAAUACCUGGAAAACUCUUCCCAUCUCAGAUUUAUGAUAUAGCCAUGCCAUGAUGGUACAGGCCCUGUUACAAGCAGUGUUUAAA